AAGCGUCUGGCGCCCUGGCCUACUUCCGGUAGGAUCGGGGUACUAGGCGGCUGAGGCGGUGCGGGGCUGGCGUUGUCUCCUGAGCUUUUCCAGGCGUGAGUAGCGAUGGCAGCGGCUUUUCGGAAGGCGGCUAAGUCCCGGCAGCGAGAACACCGAGAGCGAAGCCAGCCUGGCUUUCGAAAACAUCUGGGCCUGCUGGAAAAAAAGAAAGAUUACAAACUUCGCGCAGAUGACUACCGGAAAAAGCAAGAGUACCUCAGAGCUCUCCGGAAGAAGGCUCUUGAAAAAAAUCCAGAUGAAUUCUACUAUAAAAUGACUCGGGUUAAACUCCAGGAUGGAGUUCACGUUAUUAAGGAGACUAAGGAAGAAGUAACUCCAGAACAGCUGAAACUGAUGAAAACCCAGGAUGUCAAAUACAUAGAAAUGAAAAGGGUUGCAGAAGCUAAGAAAAUUGAAAGACUGAAAUCAGAGCUCCAUCUGCUGGAUUUCCAGGGGAAGCAACAGAAUAAGCAUGUGUUUUUUUUUGACACCAAAAAGGAAGUUGAACAGUUUGAUAUUGCCACUCACCUGCGAACAGCCCCGGAACUUGUUGACAGAGUCUUUAAUAGACCCACAAUAGAGACCUUGCAGAAGGAGAAAGUGAAGGGGGUUACCCAGCAGACUCGACUUAAGCGGAUAGCUAAAGAAAGGCAAAAGCAGUAUAACUGCCUGACGCAGCGGAUUGAACGCGAGAAGAAAUUGUUUGUUAUUGCACAGAAAAUUCAAACACGCAAAGAUCUUCUGGACAAAACUCAGAAGGUGAAGGUGAAGAAAGAAACAGUGAACUCCCCAGCUAUUUACAAAUUUCAGAGUCGUCGAAAACGUUGAAGUGGUACAGAUGAGCUUUGUCAUUCCAUACAGAAGAGAAUUCCUUUUUUUUUCCCUGAGUAACUUCAGAUUCCAUUAGCCUGAAUGACAUGAUUUUUCCUGUUUGUAAUUUUAUUAUAGAUCUGACAUGUGAUAUUUUUCUGUGGACACCAUUAAAGCCCCUUCCCAUGUCUUAUUGUUUUGAGGGUUGUGAAAUCAGCCUUAGUUUUAUAUUCUUACAUAUUUUUUUCCUUAUGAAAGUUAUAUAAUCUUAUUACUGCAAAUUUGGAAAAUAAAUGAAUUCUUCCCUAAUCCCAGUACUAAUUGAGGAACAAUAAAUAGUUAUUAGUGCUAGCAGCUAGGGCAAUGAAAGUGAACAAAACUGUGAGCAUUCUGGUUUAUUUCCUCCAUUCUUUUUUUUUUUUUUUUUUUUAAGUUUACUUAUUUAUUUUGAGAGAGCAUGAGGGGCAGGAGAGGGGGAGAGAGAGAAUCCCAAGCAGGCUCUGUGCUGACAGCAAACUGAGAUGAGCUGAGAUCAAGAGUUGGAUGCUCAACUGGCUGAGCCACCUAGGUGCCCCUAUUUCCUCCAUUCUAUAAAGGUGUGUACUGGUUUUUAAUUACGUUUUUGUGUUUUGUAGUUGUAAUUACAGUAAACAAUUUUACAUCUUUUUUCACUUCAAUUCUUCCAUUUUGUUACAUCACUUAAUUUUUUAUUUUUUAAAGUUUACUUUGAGAGAGAGCGUGUGCAUACAUGCAAACGGGGGGGAGGGGUGGAGAGAGAGAGGAAGAGAGAGAGAAUCCCAAGUUUGAGCCGGGGGAUCAUGAGCUGAGCUGAAAUCAAGAGCUGGAUCCUCAGGGCACCUGGGUGGCUGACUUGGUUAAGCAUCUGACUUCGGCUCAGGUCAUGAUCCAUGGGUUUGAGCCCUGCAUCGGGCUCUGUGCUGACAGCUCGGAGCCUGGAGCCUGCUUCUGAUUCUGUGUCUCCCUCUUUCUGACCCUCCCCUGCUCAUACUCUGUCUCUUUCUGUCUCUCAAAAAUGAAUAAACUUUAAAAAAAAAAAUUAAAAGUCGGAUGCUCAACCAACUGAGCCAUCCAGGUGCCACACAUCAUUAAUUUUUUAAAAGUAGUAUAUGCUCAUAGUAGAAAUUAAAAUAAAUAUUUUUAAUGCUUGCA